AUGUUUCAGGUGGGCGUCUCACGCUUCUCUGCUUUUUCACCGUUUUCCGGGUCAAGAAAUUGCUCUCUUCCCAACAACUUUGAACUCCUUUCUUGCUCCUUCGACGAUGCCCUCAUCCGCCGCCUUAAAGCUCUAAAUCCGCCUUCUCUUACCCUCUCUUGGCUCUCCCUCGCUGUCGAUUUCCUCUCCACCAUUCAUGCGGAGGUGCGAAGCCUGAUCUCCAAUCUGAAGCCGUCUGCGUCCGAUGACUCCCUCGCCUGCUUCUUGGAUGAUAGCGUGAAGCUUUUAGACGUUUGUAAUUCGAUUUCGUCAGAGAUCGAACGCCUUCGCCAACGCCGUUUGUUGAUCAAUUUUGUUAUUCACUUGCUCGACUUCUCCGGCGAGGGUCCGGCCCCGGAGAAGCUCAAGAAAGCUAGGGAUUCCCUAGCGGAUUGGGCGAACUGUCCCCGAGGGUUCACGAAACGGAGAUUCGAGAACGAUGUCAAGGUUUUGAUCCACGAUCUCGCGCGAGGGCUUGGAAAUGCGCCGCGUGGCAAGAUCUCCAGCGUGGAGAGACUCGUCCGCCGGACGGUCUACACCGUCGGGGCGAUGACGGUGUUCUUCGCCGGAGUUGUGGUCUUCUCUCUGUACGGACUUCCAGAUCUCGUUGCCAUCCAAAUUCCGGCCGAGUUCGCAUGGGCUGACUCCUUCGCCGAACUCCAGACGACGAUCUCUGAAAAGAUCAAGGGGUCAAAGAUUGGAGAGCUCAACGGCGUGGAGACGAGGAUACGGACAGUGUGUGACGCCGUUGAUGACGUGGCGAGAGGAGAUCCGGAAAAGGACAAAAAGGAGCGGUUGAAGGACGCCGUUAAGGAGCUGGCAACGGCAACAAAAACUUUUUCGGAGGGUUUGGACGGAUUACAUAACGGCGUGAAUGGGAUGUUUCAUACGGUUUUGGGCGCUAGGAAUGACAUGUUGGAUAGUUACAGAGUUGGCGGAAACGGAGGGAAACCAAAAAAGCAGCAGCCAAAGUGA